CAUUUUUUCGAAGUAAAAGUUUGGGUUUGGCAUAUGCCGCCACGUGACAACCAAAUCCACAGCUCCGCCGGAGAUUUUCCCAAAUUUUCUCCACAGAAGCAGCAGGGCACGCUUUUGAUGGCCAAACCCAAGGCUCCGAGGCAAACCCUAGAUUCCUACACUGUCAAACGCAUCAACAAAACCAUUAGAGCCGGUGAUUGCGUGCUUAUGAGGCCUUCCGAGCCCUCGAAGCCUUCGUAUGUGGCCAAGGUUGAGAAGAUUGAGGCUGACUCUCGUGGGGCUAAUGUGAAGGUCCAUGUCCGCUGGUAUUACCGGCCGGAGGAAUCGAUUGGUGGUCGGAGACAGUUUCAUGGCUCCAAGGAGGUGUUUCUCUCCGACCAUUUUGACGUUCAAAGCGCCGACACGAUCGAGGGCAAGUGUACGGUUCACACCUUUAAGAGUUAUACCAAGCUUGAUGCCGUCGGGAAUGACGAUUAUUUUUGCCGUUUCGAGUAUAAUUCCUCUACUGGAGCUUUCAAUCCCGAUCGAGUGGCUGUGUACUGCAAAUGUGAGAUGCCUUAUAACCCUGACGACCUUAUGGUUCAGUGUGAGAGUUGCAGUGAUUGGUUUCAUCCUGCUUGUAUAGAGAUGACUGUAGAAGAAGCUAAGAAACUUGACCACUUCUUUUGUGAAAGUUGUUCUUCAGAGGGUCAAAAGAAGUUGCAGAAUUCACAGUCUACAUCUAGACUCGCAGAGACAAAGGUGGACACGAAACGACGCCGGAGGUGACAAUACUGUAAAUAAACAAAAUACUGUGACUUAGAGUCGGUCGUUAAGAACCAGGGCUUCUAACUUUCUAAUGAGUUGGAACAAGUGCAUAGAUGUGUAGGAUGAUCAUGUAAAUAGUAGCUCUAGUGUGCCAAAAUUCAUUGCAGGUAGAGGAGACUGAGAGACUGGUUUGAAAUGUAUUUUGAACUUACUUUUUAUUUGAAUGGAGAAAACCAGACAGGCCAAAACAAACCCCUUUCUUCUGUGAAGAUUGCACUCCUUAAACUUAUAAACUGUUUGGGAAUCCAGUUUUCUCAUCAUUCUUAGCUGAUGUAUAGGUGAAAUAUCUGUCAUGGGCAGUGUAGGAUAAGAGAUCUUUAUGUAAUUAUUUUGUUGCAACUUAAUUGGACUAAGCUUCAUUA